AUGCAUGGAAUACCCGAACGAAUGAAGAAAAAGUUUAGUGAAGAAAGGAAUGUAGAAGAAAAUAAAAUUAAAUCGACAACUGAUGAGGGAGAGGAGGGAAAGGAAGUGGAAGGUGAAGAUGAAGAAGAGGAUGAUGAAGAUGAAGAGGACGAAGAAGAAAGCCCUUCUAGUGCAGAAAAGGGUUAUGUGGCUAUUUCUCUUUAUUAUUUGGAUGGUCCUGUGAAUAAUAUUUGUUUGAAGGCACAGGUAAAAGAUGUUAUUAUAAGGCAGAUCUCUAUUGAACGACACUCAUUAUUACGAUACUCACAAGAUAAUUCUUUUGGCCGAUGGGCAUUAUUACAUACGGGCACUCAAAAUUGUUUAACCGUUACUCGAGGAAGCGAAUGUGAAUUAGCUUUAAAUGACCGUAAUAAAGUCAGCAAUUAUAUCCGUCAAAACAUAGGCAAAGUGAUAAGGCUUUCUUUACUGAUCGAAAUGGAUUUGGCUCAUUUUUGUGCUGAUACUUACUUAAAUGCAGUCUCUCCUACACCAAUACACUCUUUUUUAACAGCUAAUUAUAGAGCUAGGGUUAGCAGUAAAGUUUGGAGAAAAUGCUCUAAUCGGAGGUUUCUCCGUUUGAUUUUCUUUAAAUCCCUCAAAUUUUACAGGCCAAGAAGCGCCUCAGAUGGCCAUCACAAAAUGAUAACUGGAAAUAGAAAGCUGGAUUUAGAAAGGUCGUUUAAUCGAGUAAUGGAUAGAGAAAGGGAAAGGCGUGAAUUAGAAAGGUGUUAUUCGAAUUAUGGAAGUAGAAAAGGCUCUAGAAGACAUUCACAAAAUGAGGAAUUAAUUUUGGAAGAAGUCUCAAUAAUAAAUAAUAUUGAGGGACAAAAUAAAGAGGAAAAGGUAGGGAAAAUGGUCUUCAAAAUAGAAUACACCCAAUAUAGAUACCGAAGUUUUAUCAAAGAUUAG